AUGCAGGGUCGUUAUGUGUGUACGAAAUGUUGUGGUGGGGGUUCCAAAGUAACGUGGGACAUGUCACAGUCAAAGCGGAAGGCGCGACUGGCCAAUCACGGCUUUCAUGAUCGCCGUGACCCGGGCAGCUUCGAUUCUGUCGACGAACCUCAACCUUUCGACAUCCCAGCGACAGCACCACCACGUCCGCCGCCGCAGUUCCCACGCCACCCAUACUCCUCGAAAUGUCUUCUCGCGGUCUUCCGCAGGAACACCACUUUGUUGUUCACCGUCUUCGGCGCCGCCUUUGGUCUGCAGCUGGCUUUCGACUCCUCAUCAGACAAGAUCUGGGACGCUGUAAACAGGGGCAUCAUGUUCUGUAAAGUGACUCAUAAAGCCAUGCAACUGAUUAUACCAUCUACAAUUAUGUUCUGUAAAUACUGUGAAGUCCACCUCGAGGCGUUGGGGGUGAUUACUUCCCAUCGUGUUGCACUUGCUUGGGUUCGGACUUCCACCCACUCGCAAGUGAUAUAUGACAUAGCUCUAACCCUGUCCUCCAACAUCAUCACCACUGCCCCUCAACCACCACCAGCAAACGUUCCAUGUCACCCACAGGUGGCUGGCCCACAUAACAACUCACGACAAACAUCACCGUUUCCACCCCUCUUUCUCAUCCACGAAUCGACCCCGCCAUCCCACCAAACAAGCUACACCAUGUACAUAUCCCUGUUAGAGCAGGAGUUAUGCCGGCACCUCCGCGAACUACCACGGCGACACAACUAUAGAUUCGAGCUCGCAGCUGACCGAGAGCUGCGCGAGAUCCUGUUCCGCUCCCUCGCUUGCCGUGGCGAUUACCUUCCGCUCCUCUUCCCGCGUGGACCACCAACCGAUGCGGACAAGCCAUGGAGCCUACGCAACGCCCAGGGCGCAGUAGAGGGCGCAGAAUAUACAGCUGCGGCACGAGGAAAGCCGUGCGGACACAUAUUCAAGAAUGGCGAAGCUACGUACCGGUGCAAGACGUGUACGGCCGACGACACAUGCGUUCUUUGCGCGCGCUGCUUCGAUGCAUCGGACCAUGACGGACACCAAGUCUUUGUCAGCGUAUCACCUGGCAAUUCAGGAUGCUGUGAUUGCGGAGACGACGAGGCCUGGGUACGGCCGGUACAUUGCAACAUUCACUCAGCGGACCCAGAGCCCGAGUCCAAGGCGUCAGGCAAAGCAAAAGAAGGGUCUAUGCUGCCAGAUGAGUUGUUGGAGAGCAUACGUAUCACGGUUUCCAGGACUCUAGACUACCUCAUUGAUGUCUUUUCCUGCUCGCCCGAACAGCUCCGGCUGCCCAAAACCGAAGAAUCCAUCACCCAAGACGAGCGGAACUCGCGCCUCACAUCCAGAUGGUAUGACCCAGGAGAUCAACCAGAAGAGUGCCAGGAGUAUUGCUUAGUGCUAUGGAACGACGAGAAGCAUACCGUCAACGACGUCAGGGACCAAGUCGCGCGCGCAUGCAAACAAAAAUUGGCAUUUGGUCUAGCGAAAGCCUACGAGAUCUCCGACGUCGGCCGUAGCGCUGUUGUGUACAGAACAGAGCUCAAGGAACUCCUUCGAAUGGCCAAGAUCAUUGAGGAAAUCAAGUUGACGGUGACUAUCCGAUCAGCGCGAGACACGUUUCGCGAGUACAUGGCCGGUGCUAUUAUCGAGUGGAUCUCAGACAUUGCUGGCUGUAGUGUGGGCGAAGACAACCAAAUACUCCGACAUACUGUUUGUGAGGAGCUUCUGAAGCCGUGGCGUGUUGGAAGCGAGGCAUCGAAUCAAAACAUUGGAAAGAGUGGUCUUGAUGAUCAUGAGAUGGAGGACAGGGAGGCUGAGAUCGAUGGCUUCUAUCAUGGACUCUUACCUAUCCAGCGGCAGACUCGAAUAGUCAGGAUUCAGCGACGACGAGCGGCCGAUGCGAAUGAUGAUACCACAGCUUCGGACGACGAUGACGAGGAAGAGGGCGAAGGUGCAGCAAAUGCUGGAGAUGACAUGGAUAUCGAUGAAGUUGGUGCACAAGACAAUGACGGCGACGUUGAAAUGGAGGCUUACGAGAGCGCCGACGAAGCACUCGAAGUAUCAGAGGCGACCAUUGCAGGAUAUCCCCCUCCUCCACCGCCGCCACCGCCGCCGCCUCCCCAACGAGGGCACACAGAGCAAAGUGUCACACCAGCUGAAUCAGACAGUGAGCCUAUGGUGGGCGCACCGUCCCUCACUCAUGCUGAACCCUUUAUGCCAGUUCCAGAGACUCCUUUGACACGAUCCCUGCCGCUGCGACCAUCGCGGCCAGCCAAGUAUUGGCUAGAGAAACCGGAAAGCUAUGGCAGAAAGCCUGGGACGCCUGCUCACGAGGACCUCUGGCAACGCCUACGUCUUGACCAUCUGAUACUGUAUGACUUGCGCAUGUGGAAGCAACUACGCAUCGGUGUACGUGACGUCUUCAUCAGCACAGUGGUCACGAUACCACAAUUCAAGCGUUUAUUGGGCCUUCGCUUCGCGGGAGUAUACACCGCUCUAGCCCAGCUGUACCUCAUUGCGGAUCGUGAACCAGAUCAUUCGAUCAUCAAUCUCUCUCUUCAGAUGCUGACAACACCGUCCAUCACUUCCGAGGUCGUUGAGCGUGGCAACUUCCUCACAAACCUCAUGGCCAUCCUCUAUACGUUUUUGACCACCCGUCAAGUCGGCUAUCCAUCCAAUGUCGACCCGAAGGCGACUCUAGCCUUCGAGCAAGGUGCUGUAACCAAUAGACGCAUGUACCACUUCUUCCUUGACAUGAAGUAUCUUUUGGGCUCAGACUUUGUCCAGGAGAGGAUUCGUGAAGAGGAGCGGUAUUUGUUACAAUUCUUGGAUCUUGUCAAACUCCAUCAAGGCAUCUGUCCCAACGUUCGUGCGGUUGGCGAGCAUCUGGAAUUUGAAUCCGAAGCCUGGAUCAGCGCUUCGUUAAUCACUCGCGAGAUCAACAAGCUCUGCAGACAUUUCGCUGAAUCUUUCACGUGGAACCGUGAUGAUGAUCCUACGACCAUUCGCCGUGCGAUACGAGCGGCGGCAAAGGUAGUAACCGUAAACUCCCUUGGUGCUGAGCGGAAACGCUUCGAUCAAGCCGAGCUCAAAAAUGAGACGAAGUUCAAGACUUUAGAAGUUCUCGAGUUUGAUGCCGAGCCUUCUACUUUCUUCGGACCCUCAUAUAAAAUUGUCGACUACGUGGUCGCGAAAGAACCGAUGAGUUUUCACCACGCCCUUCACUACACCUUGUCCUGGCUCAUCGAUCGAGCGCGAAGUAUGCCUCGGGAAGUCCUGCUUCAGCUGCUUUUGUUUUCCCACGACGAAUUACAAGAGGAUUUCAAUCCGACCGUAGGGUCAAUCCCUUCCCACCAACCUGAAGAAUAUCUACUAGCAAUGUUUGAUUUCCCUCUCCGAGUCUCCGCAUGGCUGGCCCAAAUGCGAGCCGGCAUAUGGGUCAGGAAUGGCAUCACACUGCGACAUCAGAUGACGCAGUAUCGAAGCGUGUCUCAAAGGGAUGUCUCUCAUCAAAGGGAUGUAUUCCUACUUCAGACCGCCCUCGUCUUAUGCAACCCUUCGGUUUUCCUUGCGUCAAUGAUCGACCGUUUUGGACUGACUGGCUGGAUGACGGGAAAGUACGAAGCUAGCCAACAUGGAUUUGAGGAUAGUCAAGCGAUUGAUGUGGUUGAAGAUUUUGUGCACCUUCUCAUUAUCAUCUUGAGCGAACGCACAUCGCUGGUGCCAGCUGAAGACAACAAGGAGUCCCAUCUUGCUUCGAUGCGCAGAGACAUCGCCCACGUAUUAUGUUUCAAGCCACUCUCUUUCUCCGACAUGACCGCACGUCUAUCAGACAGGAUACAGAAUAUGGAUGAGUUCCCUGCAAUUCUUUCGGAAAUGACAAGUUUCAGGGCACCUGAAGGAUUGUCCGAUAGCGGAACAUUCGAGCUUAAGGAACAGUAUUUGGAUUUGAUUGACCCCUAUCUCCAUCAAUACAAUCGCAACCAGAGAGAAGAGGCGGAGAAUACGUUCAAGGCCUACAUGGCUAAGAAUACUGGAAAACAAGCCAACGACAUCGUGUAUGAGCCGAAGCUACGACCAAUCCCGUCAGGCCUUUUCCAGAACCUGUCGGCCUUUACCCGAACAGCCCUCUUUACACAGAUCAUAUACUAUCUCCUGGGCUAUGGUUUAAGAGCGACAGUGGCCACGCCGAAUAUUCCCGUCACGCGCGUGGAGACAUACAUACAAUUUGUCCUGCAGCUCCUUCUAGUCGCUAUUCUUGAGGAUAAGACGGAAGAGCACGAAUGGUCUCAGGAUGCCCCCGACUCUUUUGUCACAUCAGUGCUGACCAAACAUGCAAAUAUGGGCAUACGUGAUUAUCCCACUGUUCUCUCUCUUUUGAAAGCCCUGCAAGAGAAGGAAGCCUUCAAAGCUUGCGAGCCGAAGAUCAAUUUGAUACUGCACAGGCUCAAACAACGACAGCAGAACACCUUCAUAAUCGCUGCGGCAGCACUCAAUAUACCAACCGACAGGAUAGACAAUGCUUCACCGGCGAGUUUUGCACUCCAAGACAAAGAGUUGAAGAAGAAGCAGGCGUUAGAGCGACAAGCAAGGGUCAUGGCAGCGUUCAAGGGAGAGCAGGAAAAGUUCAUGGCUAACCAGGAUUUCGACUGGGGUGAGGAUGACUUCAGCGAUCUGGAAGAUGAGACCGGUGGGCUGGUUGAGCAAGAGAGGACAUUAAAGUAUCCGGCCGGUACUUGCAUAUUGUGCCAAGAAGACUGCAACGAACAGCGGCUUUAUGGAUCGUUUGGGUAUGUCUCUGAGAGCAGGAUACUUCGGCAAACUGAUCUACAGGAGGACGACUGGGUGGACGAGGUCGCACAAACUCCAGUCAGCCUUGAUAGGUCGGCGGACGAGCUUCGACCUUUUGGUGUGGCGGGCAAAAAUCGACGAAUGGUUGAGAAGUUCGCCUCCACAGGCGAUCGUAUCGCCAGUGAGAGGCAAGAUCUAGGCAAAGGGUAUCCUCGCCUUCAAGUGAAGCCAGGUCCAGUCACUACUGGCUGCGGUCACAUCACGCAUUAUGCUUGUUUCGAGGUCUAUCUUCAAGCUACGCAGAGGCGGCACGUCAGUCAGAUUGCUAGGAACCACCCUGAGCGACCCGAUUAUAAGGAGUUCAUGUGUCCACUAUGCAAAGCCUUGGGUAACAUGUUUUUACCAAUCAUUUGGAAGCCGAAGAAGGUCUCUAACCCAGGCGUGUUGGAGACAGAGUCAGCUUUUGACGACUGGCUCGAAUUACAGCUUGUCGCCGCCUACAAAAGUGCGGAGCGGAGUACUGGCAAGGCUCCUGCAGAUCUUUCUCAGGAUCAAAGGGUACUUUACGACUAUGCGGAGCGAGACUUCAUUCAGCCGGUAGCAAGCCAUCUUCCAGAUCUCCUCAAGCCACCGCCACCCCCGUUGAGCAUGCCGAUUCCUCAACCGUCAACGCAGCUCCCACCCCGAUUUCAGAUCCCGGCUUUUCUAGGUGUACAGCCCCCCGAACCAGGCGAAGCUGUCAUUCUGUCUUCCGAGAACAGUCCAGCUUUGACUCAGAACUUCCCAAUGGCAGAGCUGAUCAAGAUAUAUCAAAGACUUAACGAAACUCUACAUGUAAACGGCAUUCACUCCACCUUCGCCUAUCAACAUUCGCCAGCAACGGCUGUUGAGGACCUCACGCAUACCGAUGUGCUUGCACAAGCACUUGGCUACUCCAUCGCGGCUGCUGAGAUCGCCCAACGUGGGGUACAAUCCAUCCUUGUGAAAGGCACCCUGAUAGAAAAGAUCUCACCGCAGACGAUAACCCACCUUCGCGUGUUUUCAGAGACCGUUUCUUCAUAUAUCGCGAUCGGAAGCCUUCGCAAUCAGAGUUCAAACAAAACUAUGGAGGAAUUCUCUCAGAGUCAGCGCCGCCAAUUUCGCCAGCUGUUCGUUGGUCAUCCAGGGAUCUUCGACCCCGAGAUUUUAAGCUUUGAUCUGAAGGGCAUUACCCCUCUACUUUGCCAGGACCCUUUCAUCUUCCUGUCUGAGUGUGCAGUAGGCGUUGUGCCAGCAAUGAACCUCGACAUCCAUCACAUCCUACGCUUGUGCUACCUAGCGGAGAUUGUUCGCGUGGUGUUUACAUUCGCAUCGGCCGUUAGAGGACAAGCACCAGAAGACAUGGCGCUCAACUCUCAGCUCCGUUUCCAACACCCCGAGCAAUUCAUCAACGCCGAUAAAGUGAACAACGGCUUAUCCUCACCAGACCAGCUGAACAAUCUUCUCUUCUCAAUCUGCGUCGUGUUUAACGUAGCAAACAUGGGCGACUCUCCCGCUUCGCUAGACAUAGACAACAUGCCUAUCCCUGCACGCUUCAAGGAUCCAAAAUUCCUCUACUUCAUUUACACCAUGGUAUCCACCUACGCUUUGCCAUUCGUCCGAAAAGCUGCUAUCCUAAUGCAUGUCACGUAUGGCGUCGAAUUGUCACACACAGCCUUCGAGUGCGUCGACGAACCAGAACUCACACGCCUCUCCUCGCUCCUCAAACUUCCUUCCCUUGACGAAAUCUUCGCGUCGUUCUCAGCUCGCUCAUCAUCAGGACAUACCACGCGCUCCGUAGUCGGUGGCUGGAUCCGUCACCUACUCUGGGUGCAGGCCGGCAACGUGCCCUUGAAGCCUACCAUCUCGUUGAGCCACCCGGCUAUCUUUGAGCUAGUGGGGUUGCCAAAGAACUACGAUACAUUGACUGAUGAGGCGAUUAGACGGAGGUGUCCGACGACGGGGAAGGAGUUGACAGAUCCGGCACUGUGUUUGUUCUGCGGAGAGAUUAUGUGCUCUCAGGCGGUGUGCUGUAUGACGGACAGACAUCGAGGUGGUUGCAGUCAGCAUUUGGCGAAGUGUGGCGGCAACGUUGGCCUCUUCAUCCACAUCCGGAAAUGCAUGGUCCUCUUCCUGAACCUCGACCACGGUACCUGGGCCGUAGCUCCGUACCUUGAUAAGCAUGGUGAGGUUGAUCCAGCGCUCAGAAGACAUCAUCAGCUAUUCUUGAAUCAGAAGAGAUAUGAUGCGCUACUGAGGAAGGUGUGGCUUGAGGGCGGGAUUCAAAGCCUGAUUGCAAGAAGGUUGGAGGGAGACCUCAACAACGGGGGUUGGGAGAGUUUGUAGAGCCAUGUAGCCUUUUAGUUUCACGCGGGGUAUCGAGCGAAUGGAUUGCAAGUAGGCCUAACUAAGUGCAUUGCAACGGGCGACCACGGUACAGGUGUAUGAUUUGAGAGCGUAUCAAGUAAUGAUUCUUCUCUUUUCAUAUUCUAUCACAUUGAGCGUGUGCUUCAGGGCCAUGUACGAAAUCUUGAACGUGUAUUGAGCUUUCUUUUUGUUUUGAUUUGGCGACUCCUUGUUUUUGGCGUGAGGUGGAUGAAAGGAUACGAGUUAAGGCUAUAUGUGUUCACGUAUUUGAUACAAUUGUGCUUAAUGCUGCACUAUAUGUUUACAGUAUGGUUUCGACGCGGAGUGGAAAUGCUUAAAAGUUCCAAUGUGAUAAAACUCCUGCGGUAUGUGUGCCGUACAGCCCCGCAGUAGGGUACAAUGAGGUAUAUGAUAGACCA